CUUGAUAUGGCCUGGAGAUCAUGGAAACAUUGCCAGCAUCAUCAGACGACGGUGCAGGUGCGAUGCGGUGCCGUGCGGUGCAGUGCGAUGUGAUAUGAUGACAGUUUCAGCUCACUUUGCCCACGAUACCUUAUGACAGACUUUCAUCGGCCAUCUUCAUCGCCGGGCUCUGACCUGGCCUGGCCUGGCCGAGGUAAGGUAAAUUGCCACUCGAGACGAGGCAUGACUUUCCCAGUUACAGUAACAUAGAAGUACCUAGGCUUUGGUUGGCCCCCUGCCCCCUGAGCUUUGGGUGAAACAUGAUUGGGUGCUCGAAGCGACUGCCGCCAAUCUCUUCCAUGCAGAGACGAGAUGGAUCAUGCAUGCGCCUAGAGUAGAGUUCGUGCCCAUGAGUAAGGAUAAGGAUAGACUCCAGCCAGACGGGGUUAGGCAAGGAAGAGGUAAGUUCCUUGUCAUGCCUUGCUGGGAUAGGGGCAGUAUUUGAGAUAAUUAAGGUACCUCCGUGCUGUACCCGUUGGCCAAUGCGGCAAGGUAAGGAAGGACUUGUAGAAGAUCCAAGGUGUCUUGGAUGAUGCGAUACGAUACGAUACGAGGGAGAGAGCAAGUCUAAGCGGCAAGGGUCUGCAGUUACAAGUACGGUUUGAAGACCCUUCUUGGAGAUGAGAUGGACGAGCUGAGCAUGGGUAAGUACUUAGAUGAGUUCACAAAGUAAGGUAAGGUAAGGUAGAGUAGGGCAGGUAGGCCAGGUCGGCCAGGUCGGCCAGGUGCGGUACGGUGCGGGUAAGGUACUUUCCCUGAUCCAAGGGGUCCAUUCCCGAUUCUGGGGUUGAGCUGGACCUGGACAGUGGACAGACAUGGACAUGGGCAUCGCCUGCGACUGUAAAGUACUACUGUACUGUACUAAGUUACUGCGUCGCCUAUCCUACUUACGUUCCUCGACCUCGACCUCGACCUCGACCUCAUCUCUGCCCGCGCUCAAUCUGUUCGACCUAGACAUUUUCUUUUCCACUGUGUUUCCUUUCCUUCUAUAUUUACUUACUCCUUCUAUAUGUACUGUAUCUCUCAAUACGUGGAUCUUCAACUCACAAGUUUCCACUCCACUCCCUCUUCCGACUCUCAAGUCCCAUCCUCAGAUCUUUGGUAGCGAGAAUCCACCGCCCCAUUGAAUCUAAAUCGGAUCUAGCUAUAUAUCUCUCCCGCAGUGGGGGCCCCCAACCCAAUUCAGCUUCAAUGAGCGCAUGAUUCUGUUCCACCGCGAAUAUCCACCACCUCGGGUCGUGCCUCUUGCCCGUUAUACAAAGGAUUCUUCCUGGUGUUCAGCGUCCUUGGUUCAAUCUGCACUUGGCUUAAUCGACAUUAACCGCUGCAUUCUCGCCAACCUGGACCAGGAGGUUUCUUCUUCUCAUCUACCCUACUUCCUUGUCAAUCACAGCUCAAGGACACCCGCACGCCUCAGUGUCUCACAAUCAACAUCGGAUCCGCACUACACCUCAUUGACGCCUAAUUGUACUACAAGGAGAAUUUCAAUUCACAUCUCCCAUCCCGUGCGGGUGUAGCGAGGAGUACAAGCUCCAACCCCCCAAGCACGAGUUCGAGUACGAGUCCCAAGUUCAGCUGUGGAUUUCCGGCGGUAGCUUUGUCUUGCGGUGCAGAUAGACUCCACCUCUGACUCGCGCAUAUGUACCGCUCCCUCCCUCGAAUUGGAAUGCGCCAAGUACUAUCUUCACCUGUGUCCGUCUCCAUCUCGUCCAAGCUCCACAUCUCCACAAACACCAAGAUGCCAGACUCCAACGUCUUGAUCUACCUGCUCCGGAGGGAUCUCCGCGUGUCUGACAAUCCCGUUCUCCACUCACUCGCUUCGUCAAAGAAUCAUGGGUUCACGCAUGUCUUACCGCUUUAUGUCUUCAGUGCUCAGCAGCUGGAGGUCAAAGGCUUCAUUCCGGAUAGCAAUACCAAGAGUCCGUACCGUGAAGCGAGAAGUAAGGUUGGCGGCUUCUGGCGAACUGGUCCGCAUCGUGUUUCUUUCUUGGCCGAAUGUAUCUGGGAUCUGAAAGAGGGAUUGGAGAAGGUGGGAAGUGGAUUAUGUGUUCGUGUUGGAAUGUUGGGUGAUGUCGUGGAGGACAUGUUAAGGAAGAUUGAUGCCAAGGGUGACCUGAAGGUUGGAGGUGUUUGGAUGGUAGAAGAGGAGGGAGUAGAGGAAAAGCAGGAGGAGCAUCGGGUAAAGAACGCCUGCAGAGAUUCGGAUGUGGAGUUCAAGCUAUGGACUGACGAGAAAUAUUUAAUUGAUGAUCGCGAUCUACCACUCACCAACAUUGUCGAGUUGUCAGACAUCUUUACUAGCUACAGGAAGACUGUUGAACCUCUUCGUGAUCAUCCUCGAGAUGUAUUGUCAACACCAGCCAAAGGCUCUCUACCACCCUUCCCACCAAAAGAGUCAAUACCGGACCAACGAUCUCCAUUCAUCAUCCCAGACACCCUCGACAACCUUCAGUCAUCACUUCUCAAACCCCUAUCCGCCCACGAUCUAGUCACCAACCCCCCAUCCUACCCCGAAUCAACCAAAUCCGCCCACCCCUUCCUCGGCGGCGAAACCCAAGCCCAAGACCGGCUCAACUACCUCAUCACCAGCGGCAACAUCAACACCUACAACGACACCCGCAACGGCCUCCUCGGGCACGACUUCUCCACCAAACUCUCCGCCUACCUCAGCCUAGGCUGCAUCACCGCCCGGCAAAUCCACUCGCACCUCCUCUCCUUCGAAGACGGCACCAACCCCUCCUACAGCAGCGUAUCCGGCUUCGGCGCAGGCGAAAACCCCGGCACGAAAAGCAUCCGCUUCGAGCUCCUCUGGCGCGACUACAUGCGCCUCUGCACGCGCAAAUUCGGGCCCAAACUCUUCCGCCUCAGCGGCUUCAAAGCCGAAGAUUCAGAGCGGUGGUCCUCCCCAUCUCGACCAUCCCCAGGAUCUACACCCGAGGAGGUCAGAUCCCAGAUCGAGCGCUUCCUCAACGGCACCACGGGAAUGGGCCUCAUUGACGCGAGCCUGAGAGAGAUGUACCACACGGGGUACACGUCCAACCGCGCGCGGCAGAACGUCGCUUCCUUCCUGGCCAAACACCUCAAGAUCGACUGGCGCAUCGGAGCAGAGUGGUAUGAAUGCAUGCUCGUCGACUACGACCUUUCCUCCAACUGGGGGAACUGGCAGUACCUCGCCGGCGUGGGCAACGAUCCUCGUGGCGAGGCGAGGAUCUUCAAUCCUGUUAAGCAGGCCUUUGAUUAUGAUCCGAGCGGCGAGUAUGUCAAGGCUUGGGUGCCGGAACUUAGGCCGCUGACGGAACCGGCGGAGAUCUUUCAGGCUUGGACGGUGGCCGGGGAGGAGAGGAGGGGGGAGUUGGGGAUUAAGGGGUUGGAGUGGGUGGAGAGGCCGCUUUUGAGGAUUAAUUUUACGAUUAAUAGGAGGGGGAGACAUACGGGAAGGUCGCGGGGGGAGAGGGGGAGUGGGAAUGGACAUGGACGGGGUGGAGGCGGAGGAGGUGGUGGCGGAGGAGGCGGAGGAGGAGGAGCGGGUGAUGGGGGACGAUAUUUUCAGAACUCGGGACGUGGCGGUGGUGGGUAUGGUGGGAGAGGCUAUGGUAGUUCAAGGGGUCAUCUUAGAGGAUAUGGACAUCAUGCAAGAGGUGGUGGUGGUGGAGGAGGAGGGAGAGAGUAUAGGACAGGACUGAUGGAUAAGGCUGCUGAGUACGAGGCUGCGCACAGUACUGCGCAGUAACGCCCGGUGCCUGCUGCACACUAUUCUCAACUCAUACUAUCUUAAUCCUCGACAGGAAUCUGAUGGAAUGAGACUGACUGGAGGAAGACUUGGAAGAGUUCAUGUGGGAGAUUGCUUUUGCAUCCAUCUGUAUGACCGAAUCUAUCCGAAAUAUCCGAAUCCAUCAACAUAGUCGCAUCGUAUCACCGGCGUUUUUUGGGGGGGCACUUGGAUUUGGUCUUGGAACGCGGGAACAAAGAGAAACAGAUCGGUGGCGAUUUUCAUCAUCCGCACAAGUACUGCUUCAGAAUAUCUAUGAGAUGCGUUGUGUCUCUGGCCAGCUCAUGGGGAUGGAAAUUUUUGAGAUAGAAGAGAGAAGAGGUGGGAUUGUAUAGAUGAGCGCUGGUAUGGCAUGUCAUGUUAUGUCAUGGUAAGGAAGAAGGGAAGUUGGGAAUGAGCGUUGGGAUAGGGGACUAGGAAUAGGAAAGCGAGAAAACAUUGUAUUAUACACUCCAUACGCGUCGCAGCAUAUCACAGCAUAGCUA